AUGAUUGGUCAGGACUGGCCUCAUGACAAAGCUGGUAAAAGAGGAAAAGUGCAGGUGAACUCUUCAUUUACACUAAGAGCUGGGAGACGAUUAUAUCUGAAGCAAGACAGUACAUCAGAGAAGCUCUCCUUUGGCCCCUCCGGCAAUGAGGAGGCUUUAGCUCAGAAAUUUACUAGCAAGAAAUGGAGAAAAAUAACCCCUUUCAAGGAGUUUCCAUCAAGUCUCCCUGCAGCCAAGCUAGCAUCUGAUGAUAUUGAUGUGACAAUGAAUCUUGAUGAUCCUUUAAAUCAAAACAUUGAUAUAGCCAAAAAUGUUCUUCAAGAACUAAGAACUCAAAUUCCCCCUGAAAUAUUUGAUCUGUCAAAGGUUGUGUGUGGAACUUGUGUGGACUCAAGGCUGCUCGUUCUUCGAGGAGUUAAUGGAUCAGCUCUCCUAUUUACAAGGUCUUUUGUGGAUAGCAAUAGUUCUAGUUAA